UUUGUCAAUAUCCCAUAAAUUUUGGACAAAAUAAAAACUCAGAGCCACGGAAGAAUCGGGGGUUUCUCGUGGCGAUGGAGAUCCCAAAACCCUACCCGCAUUCGAAUCCUCUGCUAUCCGUUUCUUCUUUCAUCCGCCAUCACUGUACCAGACUCGGAGCCGAGCUUUCCAAUCGUCUUGAAGACACCAAACGCUUUGCCGGAACUCUUGCCAGAAGAUGGCCGGCGGAGGCUAAUUGGCGAUCAUUCCCCACACCAGCUUUCGCGUCCCUUGCGCAGCACACUCAUGCCUUGGCUGCCACUCUAAGCUCCGACCAAGUGGCUAAGUCCCUCGUUGGCACGGCGGUCUACACUGUUAGCAAUUCAAACAACGAGUUUGUGCUCAUUUCUGAUCCCAAUGGUGUCAAGUCAAUUGGGUUGCUGUGCUUCCGCAAGGAAGAUGCGGAGACCUUUUUGGCUCAGGUCCGAUCGAGGAAAAGAGAACUAAGAAGUAAUGCCAAGGUUGUCCCAAUUACCCUUGACCAGGUAUAUAUGUUGAAAGUUGAAGGUAUUGCAUUCCGCUUUUUGCCAGAUCCUAUUCAGAUCAAGAAUGCGUUAGAGCUUAAAGCUUCGGAUACCAGAAGCAGUUUUGAUGGAGUUCCUGUUUUUCAGUCUGACCUUCUGAUCGUGAAAAAGAAAAACAAGCGUUAUUGUCCUAUAUACUUUACUAAGGAAGAUAUAGAAAAGGAAUUGUUGAAGGUCUCAAAGGCAUCAAGAGGAUUAGGAACUUCUCAACAUAUUAUGGUUGGUAGUUUGGAAGAUGUUCUUAAGAAAAUGGAGUUGAAUGAAAAGAAUUCAGCCUGGGAAGAUCUGAUUUUCAUUCCACCUGGCAAAAGCCACUCUCAACACAUUCAAGAAGUGGGCAAAGCAUGACAUAGGCUGUGAAUUCAGCCAACAGAUUACACAAGAAGAAUGGAGGAGCAUGGAGAGUACUGAUUCAACCAACUGAGACAUCACAAUGGAUCUGAUUCAUCAGACAUUAUGGAGAGCAUAAUGCCUUCUCGUUCACGUCAAGGAGGUUAGCGAAAACGUUGCGGCUGGAUCUCUCAGAUGUGUUGAGUUUGAUUUUAUUUCUGUAUAGCCUCUCUGCUUGACUUUGUUUUUUUUCUGUAGAUUAGAAUCAAUGUAAUUUAGCUUUUGAAAUGGUUACCGAUUCCUAAGGCGACUGUCCCAUUUUGCUCAGCCUUAUGUUGCCAAAAUACUAUAGGACGGUUAUUUAUGUGGGAAGGAAAUCUGACCGUAUAUUGCAGUGGAGAUAUGAACGAACUUAUCAACUUUUGAGAUAA